UGUAUCCUGGCCUGGAUAAGGGACAAAGUUUUUUAUGAGUACAAGUACCUAAAUUUGGAUGUCCCGUAAAUCAGUGCACUUUUUUUCUUCUUUUCUGCUUCAGGUCAAGUUGCAUAUCUGUGCAUUUACUGUUUAAUAUCCCCCCACCCUUUUUCUCUUACUUUCAAAAUUAUCUUUGACAAAAGGAUGCUGUUGACAUUUAUUUACAUUAGACUGUUUAUAUUUUUUAGGUCUGGUGAUAAAACAGUAAGGUUGUGGGACCCUCUCAAAGGGGAGCCAUUACACACUAUAGAAGGACACUCCAGAUAUGUGACAUGCUGUGCCUUUUCUGGUGAUGGUAAAUUCCUUGCUUCAGGAUCUAAUGACAAGACUGUCAAAAUAUGGAAAAUAACUUCAGAAGAGGAACUGACAGACACAGCAACAUAUGUAGACCUAUUAGGCAGUGAAGAGGUCUUGGCACAGAACAAAAAGCCCAUCGAACAGUGGACAGUGGAGAAUGUGGUUUCUUGGGUGCAGGAAUUGGGACUUGACCAGUAUGCUGACCGCUUCAGGAAACAUGCCAUAGAUGGGACAGAACUGGCUAUACUUACACAGGAGGCACUGGAGAAAGAUCUGGAAAUAGAUGCACUCGGCCACAGGAAUAAAAUAUUACGAGCAGUGAAGCAGGUUAUGGCACACCCCAUCAUACAAGAAAAAGCAGCAUCAGAGAGUGAUGUACCAGACGAGUAUCUCUGUCCCAUCACCAGGGAGGUUAUGAAAGAACCAGUCAUGGCUUCAGAUGGCUACACGUACGAGCGCAGUGCAAUCACUGCCUGGGUGAACAGUGGGAAAACCUCCAGUCCUAUGACCAAUGCCACAUUACCCAACAUGACACUCCUCCCGAACCGAAACAUGAAGAUGUUAAUACAAAGAUACCUACAAGAAAGGAGAACAUAAUAAUAAUAAGGUUAUUCACUGGAUUGCUGGUAGUCUUUUAUUACUAGUUAACAAGUUCAAAUUUAUAUAUACUGUAACAGUAACUGUAGUCCCAGAGACAAGUGGUUGUGGAGGUUAUUUCCACUGGUGCAUGGGUGUUGAGACCAUUGUUACACCCCAUUUCCAUAGAUUUUUAGAUCGAUCUAUCCCUGUGGGGAGUCUCACUAGAUUACUGUCAGCUUGGCC